AUGCCUGUGGUUUUUGCUGUGAUUCUUAUCUAUGAUUUUAGAACAAUGAUAGACAAGUUUUCUGUUCUACUGGUCAGAGACCAGAAGAGCUUUUACACGAAAAAGUGCCUGAAAAUUCCCUUGGAUACUGAUGAGGAUAUUAAAAAUCUUCUUGAACAAGGCAGUGAUGGCACAUAUUUUGAUGAAUCACAAGAGGAUGUAGCAAAAGAGGUAGAUGAGGCCCACAAUACACAAAAGCCCAUUUCCUUGAACAUGUUGAAAGGGAAAUCCAAAAUUAAUUCUGAUUCUCUUGAUUCAGCUUCAGAUCCAGUCAUUCCAAUAAAUGAAGAGGAUGUAAACACUACCAAGAACCAAGAAAAUGGACGUUGUGAAUUUAAACAAGGAGUGGGUGAAACUGUGGAGCUUGAAAGGGAUAGAAAUCCUGAGAAAAAAGGAGAGGGCCAACAGAGGAGUGAUUUAAGUUCUUCACCUAAUGGAACAUCAGAUGGGAAACAUGAGGAGUUUAAGCCCCCUAUACCUGUGCCUCCUGAGAAACAUGAUGAAAAGGCAGAAUUUUCAAAAUCAGAAGCUGUUUUGGACAGAAGCUCCUUAGGUUCUUCCCCUAAUGGAACUUCAGAAGGGAAACAUGAAGAGUUUAAACCCCCUUUUCCUGUGCCUCCUAAGAAACAUGAUGAAAAGUUAGAAUUUCCAAAAUCAGAAGCUGUUUUGAACAGGAGCUCCUUAGGUUCUUCACCUAAUAGAACUUUAGAAGGGAAACAUGAGGAGUUUAAGCCACCUUUACCUGUGCCUCCUGAGAAAUAUGAUGAAAAGACAUAUAUACAGUAUUUACCUCUAGCUUCAGAUGUUAACAGGUCCACAUUAAACAAGAAACGCAGCAAGGUAGACACAUGGAGAUGGCUUUUCAGAUAUAUUUUGGCAUUGUUGUUCAUACUGUGUUUCAGCCUGGGAUUUAUCUUCUGCGUUUAUCUUUUUGUCAGUGAAGUACAG